CCUCCUUCCAUGAAUGUCAGCUCAAUUGCCCAAUGAGAGCGCAGAGCAAGACAGCAGUUCCUGUUUCAGUGGGUAUGUUAGCCUUAGCAGCAAGAGGGAUCCUGUCGAAACAAGGCAUUGUGUGUGAGGGUCCCGUCUUCUGAUGCUACCUGGACCUCCACAGAGACCGGGCCUGCUGUGGAAUUCCCACCCCUCAGAAAGAACGACAGCUGGGACAGAGAACAGACAGCAACGUCCACAUACAGGAGAAAUAAUAGCUUUGAGGUGGACUGGAAGAGAAGGGACAGUCCUGAAUGUGUAGUACAGUAGAAGCACCAUCUAUGUCAGAGAUUAACAGGGUGAUAGCUGCUUUUCUGUAAUGUCCAUCCACAUCCACCUGGGCAAGAUUGAAUCAGUGUUAUCAACUCAGUACCACGUCUCAAUUGUUGCUCAGUAAACACAAGCGUGGUAUCUCUACCCAAAGGAAAGUCGGCCAGUAACCCCAUACACUGGAAACGGCAUCAUGCAAUGUGAUUGGUUUUGUUACAAACGCUAAAGAAUUUCAGAGCCAGCAUUCACUAAAACGGUGAUUUGCAUCAUUUGGAGAGAGCAAAUCUAAAGUAUUUUUAUUUAUUUUUUUACCUUGGAAAUUAACAGUUUACAACCUUUAGAUUUUUGCUCCAAGAGAUUGGUCUGAUUACCUCUGGAAUCAUGGGGGCCACUGGUUAUGGAUACUAUCGUAUGGUUAUCUUCUUCUCCAUGUUUACUGGCUACUCCCUGUACUACUUCAACAGGAAGACCUUCUCUUUUGUCAUGCCCUCUGUGAUGGAGGAGAUUAAACUGGACAAGGAUGACUUGGGCUUGAUCACCAGUAGUCAGACCAUGGCCUAUGCCAUCAGUAAGUUCAUCAGUGGUGUAUUGUCCGACCAGAUCAGCGCUCGCUGGCUCUUCUCCAUUGGCCUCUUGGUGGUGGGGGGCAUCAACGUGAUCUUCUCAUGGUCUUCCACUGUGACUGUGUUUUCUGCUCUGUGGUUUGUCAACGGUCUGGGCCAGGGCUUAGGCUGGCCACCAUGUGGGAAGGUGCUGCGCAAGUGGUUUGAGCCGUCUCAGUUUGGGACAUGGUGGGCGGUGCUGUCGUGCAGCAUGAACCUGGCCGGUGGAUUGGGUCCUCUCCUGGCUAUGGUAUUGCUUCAGUACUACGACUGGAGGACUAUCCUGUCCAUGUCAGGCAUCAUCUGUGCAUCCUUUUCUGUCAUCUGCCUGGUGUUCAUAAAGAACGAACCCAAAGACGUGGGCCUGCCCAGCAUUGAGGCCUCAGCCAAGAAAGGAGUAGCCAACUGUGACAGUACUCUGAGUGAGUUCCUGCUGUCUCCAUACCUGUGGGUGCUGUCCCUAGGCUACCUGGUAGUGUUCGGGGUGAAGACGGCAUGCACUGACUGGGGCCAGCUCUAUCUCAUUCAGGAUAAGGGCCAGACUGUCCUCAUAGGCAGUUCCUACAUGAGUGCCUUGGAGGUUGGAGGUCUGGUGGGCAGCCUCGCAGCUGGCUUCCUGUCUGACAGGGCUGUUUCUAGGCAAGGUUUGGGUACCCAUGGUAACCCUCGCCAUGUCCUCCUCCUCUCCAUGAUGGCUGGCAUGUUUUUGUCCCUAUACCUGUUCCGUGUCACUAUCACAGCUGGGGCCCUAAAGGAAGCUCCCGUCUGGGUAGUGGCCCUUCAUCCUCUCUCUGUCCUUAUUGGCCUGUCAGAGAAAGAGAUCUGGAUACUUUCCCUGGGUGCUAUGUUCGGAUUCUCCUCUUAUGGACCCAUCGCAUUGUUUGGUGUGAUAGCCAAUGAAAGUGCUCCAGCAAACUAUUGUGGGUCCUCCCAUGCCAUCGUAGCUCUCAUGGCCAAUGUUGGGGCUUUCUUUGCGGGACUCCCCUUCAGCACCAUCGCUAAAUACUACAGCUGGGACAUGGCCUUCUGGGUAGCUGAAGUGACCAUUGCCGUGACGACAGUCAUCUUCUUUCUGUUCCGUAACAUUCGCACCAAAAUGGGCCACAUCCCCCAGAAAAUGGAUUGAUUGAUCUCUGCAUCUCCUGAGCUAUGCACAGGUUCCUGCUGUGUGACUGGGUGAAUAUUCUACAGCAAGGGUUGUUGGACUGGCUGCACAUUACAUAGCCCCUAAAGUACACAUCCUAUCCCUGGAAACACAACACUGUGUCAAAGUGAUCUCACCUCGAGACGUUUUAGAUGUUAGCAACCAUGUUUUCUAAAAGGAUACUUUGCUACACUUUAGUUUGCCAUUUAAUGCACCGUCAGAAUCAAACUCCUCACAACCCGUACAGUUCUAAGCACCUAUGGAAUCUACACCUACGGCAUCCACUCACAGUAAUGACUUCAAAAAGUAUAGUAAUCAUGUAGGCCUAAGUCCUAAAUUUAGAAUAAUCUGUUCUCUUACCACUUAUUUAGUUGGUAUAAUAACUAAUAUUAAUUGAAGCAUGUUGUUGAUACACAGUGAAUCUGCUGUCCAUUGCAUAGAUUGCCUUCAGUGGAUGCCAAAUGUCUUGAAGUUCCCGAAUGCUUCAUUGAUGAGCCAGCAUUAAAACUAUGUAUGUAUAGAAAUUUGCACAAAAUGGUAAUGUUUGAAGAUCACAGUAGUAUUUCCCUUUCACUAAUUCUUCAUUUAUAAAAUAAUGUUCAGUCAGGAAAAUAGAUACGACAAACACGACAUCCAUUUUUGAUGACAUACUGGCUUUACUAAAUGGACUUUUAAAGUUUAGAGAUCUUAGCUAGUUGUCUAUGAAAAUAUUGAAAUGCAUCAACCUAAAAGGGAUAGUUCAGGAUUUUGGCAUUGAGGCCCUUUAUCUACUUCCCUAGAGUCAGAUGAACAUUUUAAUGUAUCUACGUGCAGUUUGAAGGAAAUUGCUAACUUAAGGUGUAGCUGUGUGAAAAAAUUUAUAAUCUAUGGGGGUGAAAUAUAUAUUUUUUCGCUAUUGUUGUUUCAAAUACUGUUAUUAUUACACAGAAAUUGAUUUCCCCUACACAUUUUUCAACAUACAGUGGGGCAAAAAAGUAUUUAGUCAGCCACCAAUUGUGCAAGUUCUCCCACUUAAAACGAUGAGAGGUCUGUAAUUUUCAUCAUAGGUACACUUCAACUUUGACAGACAAAAUUAGAAAAAAAAUCCAGAAAAUCACAUUGUAGGAUUUUUUAUGAAUUUAUUUGCAAAUUAUGGUGGAAAAUAAGUAUUUGGUCACCUACAAACAAGCAAGAUUUCUGGCUCUCACAGACCUGUAACUUCUUCUUUAAGAGGCUCCUCUGUCCUCCACUCGUUAACUGUAUUAAUGGCACCUGUUUGAACUUGUUAUCAGUAUAAAAGACACCUGUCCACAACUUCAAACAGUCACACCCAAACUCCACUAUGGCCAAGACCAAAAUAUCCAGAAAAUCACAUUGUAGGAUAUUUAAUGAAUUUAUUUGCAAAUUAUGGUAGAAAAUAAGUAUUUGGUCACCUACAAACAAGCAAGAUUUCUGGCUCUCACAGACCUGUAACUUCUUCUUUAAGAGGCUCCUCUGUCCUCCACUCGUUACCUGUAUUAAUGGCACCUGUUUGAACUUGUUAUCAGUAUAAAAGACGCCUGUCCACAACCUCAAACAGUCCAAACUCCACUAUGGCUAAGACCAAAGAGCUGUCAAAGGACACCAGAAACAAAAUUGUAGACCUGCACCAGGCUGGGAAGACUGAAUCUGCAAUAGGUAAGCAGCUUGGUUUGAAGAAAUCAACUAUGUGAGCAAUUAUUAGGAAAUGGAAGACAUACAAGACCACUGAUAAUCUCCCUCGAUCUGGGGCUCCACGCAAGAUCUCAGCCCGUGGGGUCAAAAUGAUCACAAGAACGGUGAGCAAAAAUCCCAGAACCACACGGCGGGACCUAGUGAAUGACCUGCAGAGAGCUGGGACCAAAGUAACAAAGCCUACCACGCCGCCAGGGACUCAAAUCCUGCAGUGCCAGACGUGUCCCCCUGCUUAAGCCAGUACAUGUCCAGGCCCGUCUGAAGUUUGCUAGAGAGCAUUUGGAUGAUCCAGAAGAAGAUUGGGAGAAUGUCAUAUGGUCAGAUGAAACCAAAAUAUAACUUUUUGGUAAAAACUCAACUUGUUGUGUUUGGAGGACCAAAGAAUGCUGUGAAGCAUGGGGGUGGAAACAUCAUGCUUUGGGGCUGUUUUUCUGCAAAGGGACCAGGACGACUGAUCCAUGUAAAGGAAAGAAUGAAUGGGGCCAUGUAUUGUGAGAUUUUGAGUGAAAAACUCCUUCCAUCAGCAGGGACAUUUUUAUAUAUAUAUUUUAAUUUUUUUAACCUUUAUUUAACUAGGCAAGUCAGUUAAGAACAAAUUCUUAUUUUCAAUGACGGCCUAGGAACAGUGGGUUAACUGCCUCGUUCAGGGGCAGAACAACAGAUUUGUACCUUGUCAGCUCGGGGAUUUGAACUUGCAACCUUCCGUUACUAGUCCAACGCUCUAACCACUAGGCUACCCUGCCGCCCCAUUGAAGAUGAAACGUGGCUGGGUCUUUCAGCAUGACAAUGAUCCCAAACACACCGCCCAGGGCAAAGAAGGAGUGGCUUCGUAAGAAGCAUUUCAAGGUCCUGGAGUGGCCUAGCCAGUCUCCAGAUCUCAACCCCAUAGAAAAUCUUUGGAGGGAGUUGAAAGUCCGUGUUGCCCAGCAACAGCCCCAAAACAUCACUGCUCUAGAGGAGAUCUGCAUGGAGGAAUGGGCCAAAAUACCAGCAACAGUGUGUGAGAACCUUGUGAAGACUUACAGAGAUCAUUUGACCCCUGUCAUUGACAACAAAGGGUAUAUAACAAAGUAAUGAGAAACUUUUGUUAUUGACCAAAUACUUAUUUUCCACCAUAAUUUGCAAAUAAAUUCAUAAAAAAUCCUACAAUGUGAUUUUCUGGAUUUUGUUUGUCAUUUUGUCUGUCAUAGUUGAAGUGUACCUAUGAUGAAAAUUACAGGUCUCUCUCAUCUUUUUAAGUGGGAGAACUUGCACAAUUGGUGGCUGACUAAAUACUUUUUUUGCCCCACUGUAUAGUAAUUUCAGAAUCACCCAAGUUCUGUAACCUAUGCUGUUGCGGAUACAACACUUUCUGUCUGUGGGCAUGGUUGUUCAUGCAGUGGUUACAAUGUAGAUAUCACUUGGCCACUUCGGGAGGGAAGAGGCUAGGUAUCACAUACAACAUUCUCAUUAAAGGUCUGCGGUGAAGCUGUGGGAGCAAACGAGUUUGGUUCGGGGAUAAACACCGUUUGAACAUGCAAAUCUGAUUGUACCAGAACGUUUGAUUUAUUGAAAUAUCAGCUGCAAUUUAACUUCGGAGUAGCUUUUUCCUUUGAGGGCUAACCUGGGACCUUUCCGGAUUGCAAAAAUCCCGAUUCCCGAACUAUCCCUUUAAUAAUGUGAAGUCUUGAAAGGAUUAAAGUAUGCACACAGUCCAAGUGUUUGUCACAGGAUACUAUUUUGUCACUACAGGGUUUGUUAUUAGACAAUGUGGUCACAGAGGCUGGGUUUACACAGGUACACCAAUUCUGAUCUUUUCCCCAAUUAUUGGUAGAAGAGCUGAUCUGAUUUGUGAAAAAAUAUCAGAAUUAGAUUUCUGAGCCUGGUCCCAUACUGUAUGAGCUGUGGCCAACUCUUCUAUGUUUGCAUUUACACAGGCAGCUCAAUUCUGAUGUUUAUUUCUUCACUAAUUGGUCUCUGAAAUAGGUCAGAUAUUGUUUUAUAGCUGUUUUGAUUGGUCAAAAGACCAAUUAGUUGGGGGGAAAAAUAUCCGAAAUGGGCUGCCUGUGUAAAUGCAGCCAAAGAGGCUAAUCAGACUGGAACACCAGGCUCGCAUCAUCCUGAUAUUCUCACAAAAGUAUGAAAUGUUACGUUUAUACACAGGUAGCCAAUUAUUGGCAAAAUAGCUGAUCUGAUUGGUCAAAAUACCAAUUAGUGAAAUAAAAAAUCUGAAUUAGGCUGUCUGUGUCAACACAUCCACUGGUUACAUUCCCCUGCUCAGACGUUGCAUGCAUCAAGCAAUGGUUUCGUUCCACGUCAUCGACUGUCAUUGACUGACAGAUUGCUAUAACAUAUGAUGUGGUUAGCUGAUACUUAAAAUACCUAUUCAGGCUCUGUAAGAUCUGGCAUGCAUCAGCAACGCCUGGGCUGAGCAAUGCGCCCAAUGGUUGCGUUUACACAGCCAGCCUUAUUCUGAUCUUUUGCCAAUAAAUGGUCUUUCGGCCAAUCAGCUCAGAUCUUUAUCCAUUAAUUAUAGUAAUAUUGUGAAAAUUAUGAUAAUGCCAUUUUUUUGUGUAAGAGAUGUUUGAAAAGACAGCCUGAAAUUUCAGCCUGUUUUGGUGGAAUGGAGUUUUGGCCUUCCUGGUGUUAUCACCAGGCGGUAAAUUAGUUAAUAGACCAAUAAGAAAGAGUUACAGACAUCUUGGCUAAUAACUGCUAAAUUGACAGUUUUCCCCUCCCAGACAGUCUUAGCUAAAUUCUUACUUGAGAAAUUGCUCUUUGCUAAGAAGCUAUUUUUGUUUGUUUUAAAAUGGUAAACAAAUCAUCACAGAAAGGUAUUAUUUGAUAUUGGUAUAAAAAUGGCUGCAUUGGACCUUUUCACAAGCAGUUUAUAACUGAAAAAUAUUUAUCUCACUAUUCUGUGCCAUUCAGGCAUAUUUGUCUAACUGGAAUUAUUGAAAUGUUAAGGAAAACUAAUAAAGAGCAAUGAAUGUAUUGUCA